UUCUCUCUACCGCCCGCUGCUAUUUUACGCCAGAAGGCGUUUUCUCCAAAACCCACACCCAAAAUCUGAGAGAGAGAGAGAGAGAGAGAGAGAGAGAGAGAGAGAGAUGGCGGAUCUGAGAAAUACGAAGUCAGGGUAUAGAAAGAACAAAGGAAAAAGGGCAGUGAAGGAAAAGAAGGCGCCUCGACGGGGAUUGGGAAUAGCUCGGCUUGAGACGAUGAGGCUUCUUGAACAGAAGAAUUCAAUGGAAGAGAUGGAAGCAAGCAGAUUUCCUUUUCUCAGCUCUUUUAUUCCUUUCUUCUCCUCCUUUCAUCUGACUCCUCCUUUUCUUGAGGUGGAUUCAGCUCGUUUAGCGUUUGAGGAGCUUGCUUGGAACAGAAGCAUCGGGCAAUGGCAGUUAUUUGAUACUUGUCCUCACACUCUCAACUCCUUGAAAAAGAGAAGGCUGGAAAUUCAUAGUACAUCGAGAGAUCUCAGCCUCACAUCUAUGGCUGGAGAGAUGAACGUUGGCGAUGGUACCGCUGAUUUCGCCGCUGCACCGAAAUUCGGGAGUAACCAAGGAGAAGAUUCGGAAUGGGACCGCACGUUUCUUGAUCUGAGUUUGUCAACCGUCCAUCGUAGAAACGAGAGCGAAAGGAAGCUUUUCAAAGGAAGCAUGGGCUACGUUCAGGGAGAGACUUCGGCGGAAUCGGCGGGAAUGUCGAGGGCAGUGAUGGAAUUGGAACUGCUGAGAGAUAAAGGGGAGGGCGGCAGCAGCAGUUGUGGUAGUACGAUGGUAUCUUCCCGUUAUGGAGAGGAAGCCUCGUUCCUCGCUUCCAACGCCUCUUCUUUUUCUUCUCCUUCUCUGCAACUCACCCUCGGUCUCCCUUCUUGAAAGCUACUGCUCAUCGAAACCUCUCUCUCUCUCUCUCUCUCUCUCUCUCUCUCUCUCUCAAUGUCGUGAAAGAGGCACCUCUCAUCCGUACACGUGGCACUCGUCUGGUGGAUCGGGACUCCCAACAUGCAGACGCUACCGUAGAUGGGCCAUGCUUCUGUAUCACGCUACCUUAACCGUCGGAUAUGCAUCAUAGAAGGUCUUGAUCUGACUCCUUGGCAACGUAAUGCAAUACAGAGAUGUCUCCGGCAUAACAGUGUCCUUUUUUGUA